CUCUUUAAAGCCAGCAAGGAGGGAAUAAAGAUGGGCAUCCAUAAAAAACUCAUUUGGCUUCCACCAUCAUCUUAUACCCCUCUCUCCGACAUACUCUACACGUAAUGAAUUAAAAUUAAUCAACAUAUCCAGAAUACGACAUUUGACGACAACAUAUAACGAUGAACCUAGCAUUUCUUAUCCUGCACCUUUUCACCUUUCUGCAAUUCGUCAUUUCAGCUCCUGCGACCAGCAAAACAUCUCCUUUGGCACCAGCACCAACCUCAUCCUCUCUUGCAACUUGUAACGGACAUGCAUCUCUUUGCAACGUAUCUUAUGCUAAUGUAGUAUAUGCAGGCGCACAUAAUAGCUAUGCAUAUGGUGAUGGAAUAAGCGAUAAUCAAUACAGUAACAUCUCUGAUGGCUUGGUAAAAGGCAUUCGACUUAUGCAAGCCCAAGGACACGACUAUCCCACUAAUGAAACAACAAAUCCAAGCGGAAUAUCUCUAUGUCAUACAUCCUGUUAUUUGGAAGAUGGAGGAUCAUUAGAAUCUUGGCUACUUCAAGCACGUAAUUGGCUAAAUGCAAAUCCACGCGAAGUUCUUACAAUCUUGGUAACCAAUCCUGAUUCUGUCAAUGUCACCAGAUGGCAAAAAGGUUUUGAAUAUGCAGGUUUCAAUUCAACCAAUGUUUUCUCACCUUCUUCACAGCAUACAUCAAGGAACGAUUGGCCAACACUCGGUCAACUGAUCGAUUCGGGUAAACGUACGAUUGCGAUCAUGGAUUAUGGUGCAAAUUUCACUCAAUUGCCUUGGUUGAUUGAAGAAUUCAGUAAUAUAUGGGAGAACCCUUAUGACCAACUAACCCUGCCAUUCAAUUGCAGUGUGGAUCGAGGAACCAAGAAUGAUAAUCUUGCCUUUCAUAAUCACGUCAAAGAUCUUUCUUACCUCGGCAUUUCAACACCUGAUAAAGAUGAUCUUACAAUGGUCAACGCUGCCGUCAACAACUCCAAUGCAAUCGUCCCGACUGUGCAACGAUGUACGAUCGAGACGGGCGUCAGGCCAACGUAUGUCAUGGUAGACUUCUACGAUAUACCCAGUCAAAACAAUAUCUUCUCAGCUGUGGAUAUGCUAAACAAUGUUAGUACGACCCCGCCGACAAAAGAAGGAAAAAGUGCUGCUCCUAGGUUGCAAAGCUCUUUAAGUUUUCAGCUUUCGCUUAUAAUUUGUAUCAUACUUUCAAUCGCAGUAAUGACGCUUUAAUGAGAGAAUGGAAUCAUGCUUUAUUACGAUACAGAAUGACCAGAAAUCGAGGAUAAUAGUGUCAAAGUGGCUCUUUUCGAUGCAUUGCCAGUUCGACCAUCCCGGGAUCGUCAGCUUUGAUAUCAGAUUGGCCUUUCUCGCUUUCCGAGCUUGCACUAAUUUCAACUUCUUCUCCUUCACCGACGAUAUGACCGUCACGGGUAGAUGAGAUUGGUUGCUCUUUGUGAGCUUUACCCCAAGCUGUUGAUCGUGGGGCUGAAAUUCGCUGUUCGAACAAAAGAUCAAGGCUUUCCAAGCUUAGCCCUUUACAUUCGGGUAAACAAAAGUAAACCCAAAGAGUUGCAAGGGUUGCAAUAGGAGCAAAGAUGAAGCAAACCUUCAUUUCCAAAUUUGCAUAAGGAGCAUAAAGAAGGUAAGGUAAUGAAAAUACCACGGCAAAUUGUGUAAUUACUGCAACAACGA